AGUAUAAAACUUUAUAAGCCCUGAAUUAGUGACUUCUCUACAAAAUUCUCUUUAGGAUUAAUCGGGUUUGAAGUACAUUGCUGUGAUAAUAAUACCGCAGACCAUAGAUAUAGUGCAGGCUCCCGUAAUGGCGGAAGAUACAAGUGAGAGCGGUGAUAAUUCCAUUUCUUCCAUUUUCGGAGGAAUCCAGCAAGGUUUUGCAAAUGAGCAAAGAGAAAUAGAGGAAAUCAAGAUAUUAGUUGGUAGUCUUGAGAAAACGGCUCGAGAGAUACUUACAGUUCUUCAAAAGGUCCACCAGCAACCCUCAAAGAAAGUCAUUUCAGAUGUGUGCACAAAAGGGAGAGAAAUGUUUGCCCUAGCUCAAAGACAGUAUGCAGAGCUAGCAUCCAAAAUCCAACCUGAAAAAUACUUUAGAUUCUAUAACCAUUGGAUGGUGGUCAACCAGCAGUUUGCUUUUUUGGCUUCAUUCCUUCUAUACCUUGAAUCAGAAACAUUACCUACUAAGAAAGAUGUGGCAGACUUGUUAAAUGUCAAAGUGACAAGAGAAGAAGGGUUUCACUUGGUGUUAGAUGAUUACCUGAUAGGUCUGUUGUCUCUUGCAAGUGAAGUUUCUCGUUUUGCUCUCAACUGUGUUACUGCAAAAUAUUAUGGAUGGCCUCUCAAGAUAUCAGCAUUCCUUGGUGAACUAGAUGCUGGGUUCCGCCUGUUGAAUCUCAAGAAUGAUUUUCUUCGAAAAAAAUAUGAUGGUCUCAAAUAUGACUUGAAGAAAGUGGAAGAAGUAGUUUAUGAUCUAUCUAUUAGAGGAUAUAAUCUAAUGUGACAACCAUUACAUAAAUAUGCGACCAAUGCAACAAUCCUUACAUGAUCUAUCAACUAGAUAGUUACGCUACAUGAAUAUCGCAUUGCUGUUCAUAUUACCAUCCUCAAAAGAAUGGCCAAGCCCAGUUCACUGCAUAAAAUGCUCCCUUAGCAUUGAAUGGAACAUUAUUAACGUCUGUCACUUGGAAUUGUAGUCUGGAACCCUAGAGAUUGAACUAGAGCCCUAGAACAACUCUGCUUUGUAAGAUUGUGCUUGAAAUCUUUCCUCCAGAGGUGGAUCCAGUUCCAAAAUUGUGUAGUACAUUUGGGAAUACAAAAGGAGCUAAACUAAAUCUGUUUUCUGCCCCCAGGGUCCCUUUAUUGCCCGCUCCCCCUCACUCCCAUCAGCAGUAGAAUAACUGGAUCCAUCCCAAUUAAGGAGCACAUUACCAUAUAGAAUGCCAGGCUAGUUGUCAAUAGAAAUGUCAUUCUCCUAUGUAUUUUAUAUCAAGGAAUAGAAUAGACUAGAAAGUCCAUGAACUGGCACAGUUUAUAACAAAUGUAUCAAGGGAAAAAACUUCCAAAGUGCUCCUAGGGUAUAAAACGGGAAAAAAAUAUUUUUACAUUGGUAUUGUUUUGUUUGAAUUUGACUCCAGGGCUUUCAACACAGGUUCAGCUUAACAUUUGCAACAACAGCACAAUAAAAGGACAAAGUAU